UAAACGUCAGUGAUCGCCAUGCACACAUACAUUCACACCAUAAUCAGCCACUUCGAGCGCAAACUUCACACAGUUGACACAUUUACUUAGUGGCGAAAAAAACAAAAUACGAUAUUAUGUCUUGUGUGGUGAAAUGGUGUAAAAACCGUUCUGAUCGAACGACCAAAAAUCGAGGAAUCACUUAUCACAGGUUUUCUAUAGUUAAUGAAGUAUGGAGAAAUGAUUGGAUUGAAAUAAUAAGAAAAUGUAACAACGAUAACGAUUGGAUUCCAAGCAAACGUAGUGUCAUUUGCAGUUGUCAUUUUGAAGAUAAUGACUUAUAUACAACUAAAGGAGGACGCCAGCGUGUUGUUACUUAUGCAUUGCCUCAAAAGUUUUUAUUUAAAACAGCACACGUGGCAGAGGAACAUCCUGCGGUUGUGUCCUCUAUUCCUAGUAUUUCACAAGAGAGCACAUCGAUGACUGUGCCAGAACUGGAACAUUCUAGUUUCAUAACUAUGAAUAUAAAGCAAAAGCAAGAGAACCUACCUGCUGAACCAAAUAUUAUCUGUUUUUCUCAAGGGAGCACAUCGAUGACGAUGCCAGCACUGGAACAUUCUAGCUUCUCAACUAUGAAUAUAAAGCAAGAGCAAGAGAACCUACCUGCUGAACCAAAUAUUAUCUGUUUUUCUCAAGAGAGCACAUCAGUGAGUGUGCCAGCACUCGAACAUUCUGGUUCCUCGACUAUGGUACUACUUGCUGAACCAAAUAUUGCUUUGCGAGAGAAUUAUCCUGGAAUUGGAAAGUGUACUCUCACCAAAAAUCAAAAUAUUAUUAAAAAACAAGCACGGAAGAUAAAAACUUUGAAGCAGAAAGUCAAUAGACUUCAAAGUAGAAACAGAUCCCUAAAAGAUAUUAUAAAAUCCCUAAGAAACUACGUUGAUCCUGAGACAUUUAAUAGACUAAAACUAAAGGACUAAUAGACUAUAGUCUACAGAGCUAGGUAGGACUAUUUUUAUCGACAGAAAAAAUUACAAAAAAUAUCUGAAAUUUUUGUAGGUAUAGCAUUUUUUAUAACAGGUGUGCUCCUAUAACAGAAACCAAAAAAACACGAAUUUAAAUGCAAAUUUUUUUUUUCAAAAAGUGUCAUUUUUUAUUAUUUGUUGGCAUUUUCUGAGUAUUUCAUAUUAUAUUUAUUUUAGUAUCGCCUGUUAUUUAGCAUCAUUACUGUUUUUGUUUUGUCAGGAUCAUAAUAUUAUUAUCUGGUAUCCUUAGGUAUAAUUUCGUCCAAUUCGUAAUUAUAUUGCUGUCGCCACAGUGCGACGGGCGGCCGCAGUGAGUGUGCGAGCGCGACAGCAAUAUAAUUACGUACGAGCGAUAAGGAUGGG